GUUUUAAACACACAAAAUGACGCAGGCCAGACUUUGUGUGAAUCGCUGAUGUCGUCGUUGAUUGCGGAGCCCAUAUAUACAAACACAGACAGUCUGUGUAUCAAGAGAAGAAGCAGAGGAUGGAGAUACCGCAAUCAUGGAGGGGAAGAUUGUCCUUCAAGAGUGCAACGAUUGUGCUGUUCAUAUUGAACGUGGUCACUGUUUUUUUCUUGCUUCAGGGCUCUCUCUCCUCUUACUCUGCCCGAUACAGGCUCUCCUCUGACCAACCCGAUUCAGUUCAACUCCGCUAUGUCAAGGAAUCUGAAGAGGUGCGGCUUGCCAUGCAACCUUGGGAACUGAUAAAAAGAGUGAGGGAAAUUGAGCAAGAAACAUAUGCUGAAUCUGAAACAAUACAACGAAAAGACACAAAGCAGACAACUGCCAUUGAUCUUUCUAAGAGGUUAAAGGAUUUUCGUUCUCUAAAUGAUGCCUCCAGCAUGAAAGCUCUUGAGGAAUGGCGGAAAAGGAAGAUGGAGCGAGCUAGACAGAGAGACGUGGGGAAAAAUGGAACAGCCUCGUCUCAGGCUUAACAAUGCUCCAUCGGGCUAUUAUCAUUGACAGCAUGUGAAGUUGGUAUAUCAUCUCGAAACAAUGCAUUUGUAUAUUCCAUAAAGGAUUUGGUUAUCUAAAUGAGCUUCUAUUUGCUGGCACAGUAAGAGAACUAGAAAGCCUUGUAUUAUAGGUGGGGGUCUGGCUACCAAUAUUCAUGUGGUUUUCCAGAACUGUUGUAAUGUUCUGUUUAAGUAAACUGAGAUGUUAUACAGAAAAACCAUACUUCAAAUCAUCAUUAAGUUUGCAAUACAGGGUAUAUUCGCAGUUUUUA